GAGGACUGUUGAAUGUCUUAAAAUCUUUUUUAUUUUCAUAGUUAUAUCAGUUAUAUGUAUAUAUAUAUAUAUAUAUAUGCCCAGUAUUUUUAAUAUUUAAUAAACAUUUACGUAGUAUCAUGAAAAGUAAAUAAUUAGUUAAUUUAAAUUUGCAGUGGAUAAGUUAAUUUUUUCACGGUUGACUAUUACACUUUGAUAUCAAUAUAUAUAUCAUAGUUGACAUAGAUGUGCUAGGUCAAUCUAACCUGAAACGCUGACUUGUCAAUGCUGUCGCCGUAUGGAAGUAUAACAAGUUCUUCACCUCAUUAAUUUAUUUGACGAUUGUGUUUAUUAAGUAAGGUAUUUAUAACGUAAGAAAUGGCUCCUCGCUUGAAAAUUUUGUCGAACGUCGUAAAGCGGUUGAAAAAAUUAAAUGCUGCAGUCACUGGUCAUUUAUAUGGAGUUAUAAAUGAGGAAACAUUAACAGUUUUGACUUUUAGUAUCAAUCCUGUAGAUGAUGAUGACCAUAAAAUUCAACCGAUAGAUUUGCAAUUAUGUAUGUCUGCUGAAAUUGAUCUUUUUGGAAUCUUAUAUGUUGAUCAAUACAAACAAGACAUUCCUGAUGCUUUUAAGGAUAUAGAUGUUACAGAUAAUCCUUUGCUAAUAAAAUAUUCCCUUGAUGCAGCAGAUAUCAAUGCUUUUUAUUACAUUCAUCAAAAAUUAGAGCCUAUAAAGUUCGAUAUAAUAAAUGAGGAAGAUCUAAGGAAAAAUUUUUGCUAUGUUAGAUUACAAGCUACUUUGCCUUUUAUUUCAGAGAAAACAAAUGUCUUGGAUACUCUUCAAGAAACAAGAAAAAAGUUAGCAGCUGGAAAAGUAAGUUUCUAUUUUGAUGAAAGCAAUGUUUUUCUUUUCGGAAAUAACUCUGAUGGAGAUGCAGAAAGCAAAUCAGCAAAAGAAUUAUUACGUACUGCUAAUAAUAAACCAACUCCUGGUGUUAUUGAAGUUGUAGAAGCUGGUAUGUUAUUAAAAAUGUAUAAUGAUAAAAUUACAGAAGAAAAAAUUAAACAUGCACCUAUCAUUCAGCACGUAAAACAACCUGUUGAAUUUUACAAGUUUUCUAUGAAAAUUGAUGCUUUAUCUUUGGUGGGCCACAAUGUAACAAUGGCACAAUUGUAUGAAAUUCUUGUUGAAUCAUUAUGUCGCAAUUUAAGACUGAUAGGUGCAUCAUUUGAAAGCCAAUUAGAAUUAGAAAAUACAGAGUUGCGACUUCCAGCACCAAUACAUUUCAAGCCAGUGAACUUUGGUCAUUUACUGACUUUGGUAUACCCUGUUGGUAUUUCCGCAUCAGAAACGUAUGAAUAUCGAAAGAGCUUACAUAGACGAUUGGCUUUGGACAUGACAAGGCCUUAUUUCAGACAUGGAAAUGCAGUCAAGUUUCAAAAUGAUUCAAAACGAAAUAAGCUUUUAUUGAAUCCUCAUGAAUUAGUUGCCAAUCCUGAUGGUAAAAUUUAUUGUACAUGUAUUGAUUACAUAACGAAAAAAAAAUUAAUUCUAAUGAUUUCUAAAUAUUCAGGAAGUCAAAUAAGUGUUGUAAAUGGUUUAUAUGCCUAUUACCAUUACAUGCAAGAUGGUUUUGAUGAUAAUGGCUGGGGAUGUGCAUACAGAUCGCUCCAAACGAUUAUUUCUUGGUAUAGACUGCAAGGAUACACGGAUAAACCAAUUCCUUCACAUAAGGAAAUUCAAAAAUGUUUGGUAGAUAUUGGCGACAAAGAUUCCACUUUUAUUGGCAGCAAACAAUGGAUUGGAUCUACUGAAGUUGGUUUCGUUUUGGAAAAGAUGUUGAGCGUUUCAAUCAAAGUUAUAACAACCAACAGUGGAGAUGAGAUGCCUUCAAUAGUUCCUGAUUUGGAAUACCAUUUUCAAACUCAAGGAACUCCAGUUAUGAUUGGUGGAGGUGUUUUGGCACAUACAAUUCUUGGUAUAUCAAAUGACAAAGAAACUAGGGAAGUCAGAUUUUUAAUUUUGGAUCCACACUAUACUGGUCCUGAAGAAAUAAAUAUUAUUCUUAAUAGAGGCUGGUGUAGUUGGAAGAAGAAAGACUUUUGGAGAAAAGAUGCCUUUUAUAAUAUGUGUCUACCACAAAGACCUAAAUGCAUCUAAAAAUUUUCAUUUUGAUAAGAAAGCAUAUCGAUAUUGUAUAUAUAGUAUAUAUUGACAGAAUGAAAAAUUGGUGUAUAUGAAAGUAAAUUUUUUACCAUUCUAUAUAUGGUUAUGUGUGAUCAGAAUGCAAUUGUAUAGCGCAUUGUAACAAAAUAUUUAAUACCAAAUCACAUAUUCAAUGGGUCGUGUACGUAGAUCUUAUUCGAUACACUUGAGUACUUAUUUUAUUUAAAUGAAAUUACAAGUCCUUCUAAGUUUCUAAUAAUUGAAAGCACAGUUUUUUUACUUGUAAAAGUCUUUAAAGUCAGCUACCACGGCAAAAAAUACUGUAGGGAGUUUUUUCGUCUUAAUAUCCUAAAUCAUAGGUAUUAAUCAAUUAGAUAAAAAGGGUUUCAUGUGCUAACAUCAGCGCAAAAACUGAAACAGUCACAGUAAAGAUAACCACGAAACAAAACAAGCUAUAAAGCCUAAGGGAAAAUCGAGAAGGAAUAGCAGCUUCAGUAACUGUCAGACUUAUUCAUUUAUAAUAUUGAAAAUAGGUCUACGAGAACUCAUAUUUCACUCAUAUGAAACAACUAGGAAAAAGUUGCACAUAAUCUUCCUAAUUUACCAGAAACCAACCUAAAUGAUUGUCUUAGCGAGUAUUGUAAAGAAGAUCGAUGUUAGAGAAAAAAAUAUAUUUGAAAUUUUAAUAGUCUAGAAUUAUAAUCGUGAAAAGCUUGCUACAAUUGGUGCAUUGAUUAAGUAUACUGGAGAUACAGAAGAGUAUGGUAAUUAUUCAUAACUCAGAGUAAUUAUUUAUUGAAAAAAUUAUUCAAACCCUAUGAGGUUUUUAUUUAUAAAAAUUUUACUUCAAUAUAUAAUAUGAUAACUAUCAGCUCAAUAAACUAUAAAGAUGCAUACUGAAGACGAAAUUUAGGGUAUAAUUAUAUUUAUAAUUAUAUUUAUAAUUAUAUUUAUAAUUUCCGAAAGUUUUUUACUAAAAACAAUAUAUUUGAUUUUUAUACUGUUUAAAUUAAUUGUUUCAUUAUAACGUAUUAGAAAAUAUAAGCUAAAAUAAAAACAUUUUUUUAGGCUUUACGAUUAUCACAAAAAUACAACUCAAAAAUGCUACGUAAAUUCGCUAUUUCGAUGAUACCAAACGAGUUAGGUCAAGAGCUUACUUUGGCAAGCUACGCUCCUGCAACUUGCAGAAAAAACAAUUAUAAUAAUACCUCAACGAGCAAUGAUGCUCAAUCGUUAAAAAUAAUUUGAAUUUUGAACUUGGCCGAUUGCGCGAAUUAAUGUUUGGGCAGAUAUAUGACGAUAAAAACUACAUCGGAUAAAGUUUGUAAUAAUUCGUACAAAUUCAAAGCUU